UCAUCUUUUCCCACUCUUUAUAUAGUCCCUUCAUCAGCUCAGUUACUGCUACACACACACUCCACUUAGUUAAACAUGGAGAAAGCAGGCUCUAACAGUCCUAAAUCUGCUUUGAAGUUUGUGAAGAACACUUCUCAGUCUGCAGCUCAAUGGAGCAGUACUAAUUCUAGAGGAAUGACAAAAGAUGUACUCAAAGACAAGUUCUAUGACAAGACUAAAGCUUCACGAAGGUCUCCACCCAAAGAAAGUAACAUGGCUUCAAGAAGGUCUCCACCCAAAGAAAGUAACAUGGCUUCACCAAGGUCUCCACCCAGAGAAAAUACUAAGCCACAAGAAUUUAAACUCCACACCCAAGAAAGAGCUGUCAAGCGUGCAAUGUUCAAUUAUGCUGUGACGACAAAAUUCUAUAUCAUGGAGCUGCAAAAGAAACAAGAGGAAAAGCUGCAAAAGUUGAUUGAAGAGGAAGAGGUUCGUUUGCUGAGGAAGGAAAUGGUUCCAAGAGCUCAAUUGAUGCCUUAUUUUGAUAAGCCAUUCUUCCCACAAAGAUCAAGCAGGAGUAUUCCAAGAGAGUCAUGCCUCCACAUGAUGAGCAGCAAGUGUUGGAGCUGCUCGGUUGGCAAUGAAAUCUACAACUUGCACCACUAUGGUCAUCAAACUCUCAAGCCCAUUAAGUAGAAAGCUUUGAGGGAAGGAGCAUGUAAAAUGUACACUAUCCAUGUAUUCAUUCAUCCUUGUAUUUCAAGCAUGUUGUACACUAUCCAUAGGGAAACUUAGAGUUUUGUACUAUACCAUGGGACAACCUAGCUCCUUGAUUAGGCGGGCGGGGAGAUGUUUUGAUGAUGUUUUCUUUGUCACAAAUAAAGAUCAACCGUGUAUUUUUGGUGUGUCUUUUGAUCUUGGGUGUUUCCACACCAAUGCCUUGUACCAUUUUUUCCAUACCAAUGCCUUGUACCAUUUGGAAAUCAAUAGAAUAGAAUUAUCACUUUGCAUGUGAAA